CCGUGUCACCAUGAAGCUGGAAUUGGUGGCGAUCACGCUGUGCCUCGGCGCUGUUUGCGCAGCCCCAAGCUUGGACCCACAGUUGAACGACCACUGGGAUCAAUGGAAGCAGUGGCACAACAAAAAGUACCACGAGAAGGAAGAAGGUUGGAGACGAAUGGUUUGGGAGAAGAACUUGAAGAAAAUCGAGAUGCACAAUCUUGAACACUCCAUGGGAAAGCAUUCUUAUCGUCUGGGAAUGAACCACUUCGGUGACAUGCCGCAUGAGGAGUUCAGGCAGGUCAUGAAUGGCUACAAGCGCAGGGCAGAGAGGAAGUUCAAGGGGUCGAUGUUCCUGGAGCCAAAUUUCUUGGAGGCGCCACGUCAGGUUGACUGGAGGGAGAAGGGCUAUGUCACUCCCGUCAAGGAUCAGGGUCAGUGUGGGUCCUGCUGGGCCUUCAGCACCACCGGUGCCUUGGAGGGUCAGCAUUUCAGGAAGACAGGCAAGCUGGUGUCCUUGAGUGAGCAGAACCUGGUGGACUGCUCCAGGCCCGAGGGCAAUGAGGGCUGCAAUGGUGGGCUCAUGGACCAGGCCUUCCAGUAUGUCAAGGACAACAAUGGGAUCGACUCUGAGGAGUCCUACCCCUACCUGGGAACCGAUGAUCAGCCCUGCCACUAUGACCCGAAGUACAAUUCAGCCAACGACACAGGCUUUAUGGACCUGCCCAGCGGGAAGGAGCAUGCACUGAUGAAGGCCGUGGCCGCCGUGGGCCCCGUGUCUGUUGCCAUUGAUGCUGGCCACGAGUCCUUCCAGUUUUACCAGUCAGGGAUCUACUAUGAGAAAGACUGCAGCAGUGAAGACCUGGACCAUGGAGUACUGGCUGUGGGCUACGGAUUCCAGGGAGAGGAUGUAGAUGGCAAGAAGUACUGGAUCGUCAAGAACAGCUGGAGUGAGAAUUGGGGUGACAAAGGUUACAUCUAUAUGGCCAAGGACAGGCAGAACCACUGUGGUAUUGCUACUGCUGCUAGCUACCCUCUGGUGUAGCAUGUGGGAACAUGUGCCUAGUUUGAUUUUAUUUUUUCCUUAAUGGUUUGAAAGAACCAUGUUUAUAAUGCAGCCUUAAUGAGGCUUGGAUAGAAGGAGAAACCACACCAAACAUUAUGUGGUUUAAACAAAAAAAAACACUUUUAGGGAAUAAUGCAAUUCUGUUAUGGUGUUUUGUUUGUUUGUAUUGAUUGUCUGGCUGUUUUUAGGUUAAAUGUUUGUAAAUAUGUUUACAUGUAAAGAUUACAUGUGGGUUUUAAGGUUCAGGUCGUAUGUUUUUGGUCCUUGACUUUUUUCUACUUUCACGGUCAAUUAAAACUCUU